GAGCUGAGUAAAGGCAGGCGUGUCCAGCGCUACGCCGAGGGCUGGCGAUGCAAAUGAGAAGCUGAAAUGGCUCGGCUGGGCGAUGGAGGCAGUAUCGGGUUGCGGUGCAGCGGGGCACAAAGCUGGCAAAAGCCUCGCUGCAUGUAUUUAUGAAAGAGGGGAACCGAGUAAGUGGAUGAAGACCUUCGCUCCGAUCCGGCGGCUGCUGGAAGGUGAUGCGUGUCUCAGCAUGGAGCUGAAAGACUCGGGAAGCGUCAUUCUGAAGUCGUACCUCUCAUAUGGCCCCUCUAGGAUAUACUUGGCAGACGACACUUUCUCCUCUCCUGUGUCCCACGGACACUCACCUAUUAACAAUGAUCUAGCUGUGGACGUCAGGAAGAGAAGCCAGCCCAUAUGUAAGCUGUGGCCAAACUCUGGUGGUGACAGGUGCCGUCAGAUGAACUUGGCGACGUCUACCGUCUCCACGGCUCUCAGAGAUCGGCAGCGACGAGAUGCAGCUUUGUUACUGUCGGCUGCAGGACGCAUCAGCACAUCCGAUAGCAGGACUCGGAAACGGCGAUUUCAAGACUCAACACUGAAGAGUUUUUCAUUGUCAACACAUCCUUAUACAGGAAGGUGUGCUGCCUGGGUACAGAGAGGAUGACUUCUGAGGAGGCGACACAUGCGUCCCCUCGGAGGUGCUCCACCUCCUCACAGGAAGCCCUGCCUCCUGUGGAGUGCUGCUCGAUGGAGGACUACUGGAGCGAGAGGAAGAGCAUCGAGGAGGAGGGAAGUCAGCGAGGGAAUGUGUCACCAUUGGAGAGGCGGAGCAUGGAUGAGGCUGAGAUGGAGGAGGCGUGGCUGAAGGACGCUGGGCUGUCCACACUGGUGUCCGACACGCCCGGGGACCCCCAAGUGCCUGCGGAGGCGCUGCUGUCCACGCUGACGCGCUCGCAGGCGGCCCUCGUCAGGAAGCGCAUGGACAACUACACGCAGACUUUGCGCAACCGCAACAGGCAGUGUGUGCGGCACGUGCGAGACGUGUUUCCGGGCAUGCCUGGAAACGACCCUGAGGUUGCCGAGUUGCCCCCCCCUAAGCCCCAAGUCCCGCCCAAGCUUCCUGCUUGGAUGCCCGUCCGAGGUGGGGAAGGCCGGGCGUCUAUCACCCAGCAGAGAACGGAGACCCUUUCGUUCGAGCAGCCAUACUCUGAAGCGGCUGCCCCGCAUAAGAGAGACGGGGAGUGCAGGGAGUGCCGGCCACUCAGGAGUGUCAGCGGAGAGAUGCUGAAAUUUCAGCCCCCCAGACCUAAGCUGGGCCUGACGGGCGUGCAGGACCUGUCAUCGGAGGACAUGAGGAAAAUCGGCUGCAUCGCUUUGAUCGAGCUCACGACCUUCUACGACUGCCUGGGCAUCGAGCUGAAGCAGAACCGCACGUUGAUUCCCCACAAGACCGGUCGAGAAAGUGGAAUUUUUGGAGUUUCCCUAGUAGCACUACUGGAAAAUGACCGAAAGAUUUUAUCCGGUUCCAGGGUUCCACUUGUUUUCAGAAAGCUGCUGUCCAAACUGGAGCAGACCGGACUGCAGACAGAGGGCAUCUUGAGAAUCCCAGGGUCUGUUUCUAGGGUAAAGCACCUGAGGCAAGAGCUGGAGGCCAGUUUCUACGAGGAUCGCUUUGACUGGGAGCAGGUGCGCCAAAACGAUGCCGCGGGCCUGCUCAAGACAUUCAUCCGGGAGCUUCCAUGCCCCCUGCUCACCCAGCGGUACCUGCCGACCUUCACCUCCGUGCUGAGUAUCUCAUCGCCGAGGCAUCAAAUCCAAGCCCUACACCUCCUCAUCCUGCUGCUGCCCGAACCCCACCGAGACACCUUGAAGGCUUUACUGGAGUUUCUGAGGAAGGUGGUGGCACAUGAGGAGAGGAACCGCAUGAGCCUGUGGAACGUCUCCAUGAUCGUGGCACCCAACCUCUUCAUCUCCCGGGGGAAGACUGGCAGGCCGGAGGAGAUCCAGAGGGCGGCUGGGGAGGCCUACUUGGUGCGACUCCUCAUUAUGCACCAGGACCUCCUCUGGACGGUCCCCUGCUUUUUAAUUGGUCAUGUAAGACAGAUGAAUGAAGCUUCUAUGAACAGGAAGACCAUGGCCUCUGAGAAGUACAAGAAGAAGCUUCUCAGGAGAAGGCAGCCAGAGCGUAACAAAGGAGACAGAAGCGAACUCACCGACUUUCGGGAUGGGGUGAUUCGGGUACACGCGCCCCAGCACGCGAAGGUUUCCAUGGCAAUACUGCUGGACAGCGAGACGAAGGCGAGGGACAUCGUCGCCCGCUUUCACUCUGAAACCAGCAGAGGUUCGCGAAGCACCAGUCGGAGACAUAGAGCCUAUUUGUUUGAAGUCGGAGGAAAUAUAGGUGAGCGCUGCUUGGAUCCUGAGACGUAUCUCCUCGACUUGCAUCAUGUGAAUCCCAACUGCGAGUGGAUAUUAAAGCCUCGGACAGCGUGACAGCGUGUUGCUGCAGGAAAUAACAGGCUUAACCAGAUGCAAUGCGGGAAAAAGGCCCUGUUUUGCCCUCUGCUGGACAUUCUCGAGACUACAAGUCAGGGUGACUUAGGUUUCUAUUGGUGGUACGCAGAAGCAAGGCGAGUGAGCUGCACCUUGGACACGACAGCCUGGAGCUGAAAGAUGAGCUGCAGCUAUUGGGGAAAAAACUGCUGAGAAGCCCCUCACCUGCAGACCACUGUAUUUCUACAGGAAUUGUCUCAUGGACUCAAGUGCAGGAUAAACUUGAGAUAAAUUCAAAGCAUUUUGAUAAUGAACUUAAAAAAUGUUUGCCAGAAAAACACAAGCCAUCUGCCAGAAUGCUCAGCUUGUGAAAUUUCAGCUAUAUGUCUCACAAGAAGGGCACUUCUGUAAAGACGUUACAGGUCUGGUAACUUUUUGCCAAUGGAAAUGUAGCUGGACUGUAAUUCGUGUAUAUAAAAAUAUUUAUAUGAUUAAUUUAUCCCACCUUUCGUGCAAUCUGAUGCAUAAACACUAUGAAGUCUUGAGGUUUCCCCGAACGUGUUUACCAGGCCUGGUUUAAGUGAACCUGGCAGGAUAUGUCCGACGUUGGCAGCUGGAGCUGCUUAUGCUCCGAGGCCCGGAAACCUAGUGAGUUUCUCCCUUGCAGGCAGAGGUGUCUCUGACUGAAGGCCCGAUGGUCAGCGCCCCGCCGAUGGUGGCUCUGAUAGCGACGAAAGUCACAUCCAAUAAGGACUCUGCAGUGACAGGCAGCCCCCCGCAUGUGAAGGAUGGUACUGGGGUGUUGGGUAGCAUUUACCAGAAACUCCACAGCAAUGGCGCAUUUCCCACCCGUCAGUGCUUCUGCGCCCAAAAAUGCUGAAUGUAUGGCACUGGGUUUCGAAACAUACUGCUGUUAAAUGAGGAAAGGUCCACUUCCUGUCUCCAUGUCAAAGGAAAGAUCCACUUCCUGUCUCCAUGUCAAAGGAAAGAUCCACUUCCUGUCAAACACUUAUAUGCAUGUAUACAGAAACACUGAAUGUCUGUUCUCCAUUGUUCUGUAUCAUGUUCCUAUUUUGAUUGAUUACUGUUUACCACAGGAAAGAAAAUUUGUGUUUCUCUUGGCAUGACUUUUAUGAAGUAUAUUAUUAACCUCAUUUCCAUGUUAACGACACUGGCCAGUUCAGAUUUUGCCUUGUCCUCUUUCCUGAUGCACCUCCAUAAUCUGCAUUAUUGACAUGAUGACAAGAGACUUUGACCUUGACCGAUGUGAAUUUUGGAACAUGGCUGUUAUUUCCUGACAUCUUUCACUUUUUUUAGUACGGAUGUGCAACACUGAGACACUCGAUGUGGACAAAGGAGCUGCUUUCCAUGUUUAUAAGCAGCUGCAGCACACAUGGGAUCAGGGAUUUUACCCACAGUCACAAUUUAAGUAAAUAAUUGACAGGGGCCCACAAGCCUCCGCUUUGCUUAUUGCAUAAAUGUAGAGCAGACACUGUUGCCUAAGAUGAAGGAUAUGAAUAACAGCAUGAGUAAUUUAAUUUCGUAAUCUGUCUCUGGUUAGUAUAUGGCUGGCCACUGACAUCACACCCAGCGAUCCAAUACUUUGAUUGACAGGUGUAUAUUUUCCUUACCUCAUGGGAGAGAGGAAGAAGGCUGAGGAUGAUUAAAGGUGACUCAUAGAAAUGUACAAAGAAAAUGCAGACUCCGGAAGAAGAUUUUAUGUUUAUUUUUAAUUUAAUUUUUCUCCUCCAUACCUAAUUGUACCAUUUAUGUUUGUUUGUUGAUGUAUUACAAUGUAGUUUUGGCACUAA